AUGAGUGUGAACACUAUUACUGCUCGUAAUGACUUUAACGAUUAUAAGAAGUGUUACGAAUCAAACAAGAAUAAUAAAAACGUCAAAGAUGUUUGCUCAAAUCAGUUGGAGAAAGCCAUAGGGACUACAACAAGCAUAAUUUCUAGGGAAUGCAUGGCCCAAACAGAAAAUUUAUAUAAAUGCUUUAAACACUCAUUUCGCUUAAGUUUUUGUGAUAAAGAUAUUAUAGAAAAAUUGAAAACUUGUCAAUCGAAUGUUUACAAGCUAAUAACAUCUUAA